AUGGCGACCGACAGACUAAACUCCGCCAUCACCAGUCUCGCCACCCCCUCAAACCCGGACGCCUCCACCGCCCUCUCCCGCGGCCAAGCCCGCUGGACCAAGCCCCAAUCCCGCACCCUCGACACCACGUCCCUAGGCCCCAAGUGCCUCUGCGCGGGCCUCUGGCGCUGCCAAACCUCGACCCUCCAACUCGCGCUCGAAACCGUGUUGGGCGCACCCCACCUCCCCUUCCGCCCCAGCAUGCACGGCAGCGUCAUCAUGACGGACCUGUCGCUCCUGCGCCUGGCCGUGCGCGCCACCAAGGAGCAGAACCCCGCGACGCGCCGCAAGCUCGUCGCGCAGCUAUACCGGGGCUUCAACGGCAGCGCCGAUUUCCCCGGCUUCGCGCUGUUGCCGGAUCUGUUGGAUCUGUAUCCGGAUAUGCGGGUGGUGCUCAACAAACGGCGCGGGGCCGCCGAGUGGGCGCGCAGCGCCGACGUGCUGCGCUUUUGGUCCUCCUGGACCUAUGUGCUGGUGUGUGGCCUGAUCCCGAUGUGCUGGACGCAUUGGCGGCUGUAUCGGGAGUUUGAUGCGCUGGCGCGCCGCAGGUUUGGGGCGGAGACGGAUAUUUGGAGUGCGGGCUUUUAUGACGUGCAUAAUGAGUGGGUGAGGGAGGAGUGUAGGAAGAGGGGGAGGGAGGUGUUGGAGUGGGAGGCGGGGGACGGGUGGGCGCCACUGUGUGGGUUUUUGGGCGUCGAGGUGCCUCCCGAGGGGGUGGGCGUGCCGGUUAGUAAUGAGGGGAAGGAGAUUCAGGCGCUGAAGCCGUGGGCGGUCAAGAUGGGGUUGGGGGUGUGGGCUGUGGUGCUGGGGGUGGGUGCCGUCGGAGUUUGGACGGUCAGGUGGUGGCUGGGUUGA